AUGGUCCGCAGUAUCAAAGGCUUUAGAGAGGUCAAUAAACACUCCAAGAGUAUAUUGUCAUUGUUCUUUCACCCUCAGUGUAUAAAUAUUUCGCUUUUUUUUAAUAAAAAAGGUGCUGAUAUUAAUGCUAAAGAUAUUAAUGAUUGUACCCCUCUUUCUUUAGCUGAUGAUGAUAGAUUGGCUGUAGCUAAUUAUUUGGUAGAAAACGGUUUGAAGAUUGCUCUCCUUAAUGAUAAACAAAAAGAUGCUUUAUUAAAUUACGGUGUAGGUAAUGAUACUUUUCACAAGAUGUUUUAUGCUGCAAUACGUUCAAGUAAAGCUGAGUUACUUGAAACUCUCAUUAAUCGUAGAUUAAGUGAUUAUAAUGAUAACCCUACUAGUAGAGAAAAACUUGAGAAUUGUCUGGGUAAAGCUUAUGAGGAAUUAAAAUUAAAAGACACAAAUGAUGAUAAUAUAAAAGAGGUCAAGGCAUCUGUUGACACUGUUAAAGAACGAAUAGACAUGCUCUAUGCCCAUAUAGAUCAAUUACAAGGAUAUUCAAAAGAAGAUAAAGAAGUAGAUGAAAUAUUUUUACUGAAAGCUAGAUUUGUUGCUCAAAAUAUACAUAUAUUAAAACGGCAAUUGAAAUCAACUUACGAUAAAUUACCAUGGGAAGAAAUAGAAUUUUGCUUAUUAGACCAUCUGAAAAACUUUAACAAUACACUUGAAACUAUAUUUCUUAAAGAAGAAUCGAGCAUUAAAGAAACAGAUAUAAAUGGUAAGUUUCCGAAGCCAAAAGAUGGUUUAUCAGCUCGCAAAAGUGCUGUAUCAGUUAUUGUUAAGAAGCAUCCUUGUUUUAAAAAUUUGUAUAAUGAUUACGAGCAAAUUAAGAAUGUUUAUUCCUUAAAACGAAUGGAGUCAUACGUAGAACUAGCAUUACUAAUUGAUCUUAAUAAGGAGCAAGAAUUAGGGAUAUUAGUUAUUGAAAGAACUUUACAAGUAAUUGGGGAAAGUUUAAAAAACACUUUGGAAUCUCCUAAUGCAUCUAAUGCUAUACACAAGAUGUUACUUUAUUCAGCACCAAAAGACUUAAGAGAAAUUAUUACUUCAUUGCGUGAUUCGUUAUCACAUGCUCAUACAUUAACAAUGAAAAUAAACCUAGAAAAUAGUGAGAAUCCUCAUCUAAAUAAAGCUAAGUUAGGAGAAAUACAACUAGAAGAUAGUAAUAUAGAAGAACUAGCAAAAACUAGGGAAUUGAUCACGGAGCUAAAAAAAGAAUUCAUAGACCGGACAGAACAAGAACAAGUUUUAUUUAAUAAGAUUGAAGAAAUUAUUGACUCACAGAAAUUUAGGCUGACAAACGUUAAAACUAGUUACUUAGAGGGAUUGUCAAUAAUAAACAAGUUAAUAACUCUCAAAAGUAAUAAUCUUAAAACUAUACAAAACGAAUGUUGUUAUUAUUUAGAUGAGUCAAAGUUUCAAAAACAACCUGAGAAGCUACAAGAAAUUGUACAAUUGGUGAUACAGAUUUCGAACAGUAUUACACUAAGAAAACAUAGUAAUGACUCAUAUAAAAUAAAUAAACUACUCUAUAAAAUGAUUUUUACUAUUGAGUUAGAAGCGGGAAGGGUUGAAGGAAUCAGUGCAUUUAAAAAAAGUCUAGAAAAAAAACAUAAAGAUCACGACGUGAUCAAGAAUAAAGUAGAUGUUACUUUAAAUAAUAUUGAAAAUCAGAUAGAAGAAGCAAAAGAUAAAGCAAAGUUUCAAGAAGGAUUAAAAGCUAUGAAAGAGAUUUAUGAAGUAAAACCGAAACUUAUUGCUCUAUUUAGUAAGUUAAAAGAUAGUAAAAUUACUAGAGACUCAGCAAGGCAAAAGUAUGAAUCUUUAGUUAGACCGCUAUGGUCUAACGAAGAGGAAAACAAAAAAUCCGUAAACAAUGCUAUAAAUAACGAAAAAUCUGAUAUGUCUGAAUGUUUUAAAAAUUUUGUUAAAUUUUUUAAUUUCAAUGCUGAUAAAAAGGAUCUAGCAGAUAAGAUAAAUACAAUUAUUGACAACAAUUUUAAAGAAAAUACUGAACAAUGA